AUGGUGCCGAGGCAGCGUGGCACCACCGCUUUUUCCAGCGAGCACGCGAACCGUUGCUCUGAUCCCGCGGUUCCUCUCGUACAGGACAGGAUAGCCGUGGCCACGGCCGACUCUGUUCAUAUCUAUCUAUCUAUCUAUCUAUCUAUCUAUCUAUCUAUCUAUCUAUCUAUCUAUCUAUCUAUCUAUCUCAUCUGUUCAUAUUUAACUACCUAUCUAUCUAUGUUUAUAUCUAUCUAUCUAUCUAUCUAUCUAUCUAUCUAUCUACCUCAGUCUGUUCAUAUCUCUCACUAUCUCAGCCUGUUCAUAUCUAUCUAUCGAUCUAUCUAUCUAUCUAUCUCAGUCUGUUCACAUCUAUUUCGCUAUCUCAGCCUGUUCAUAUCUAUCUAUCUAUCUAUCUAUCUAUCUUAUCUAUCUAUCUAUCUAUCUAUCUAUCUAUCUAUCUAUCUAUCUAUCUCAGUCUGUUCACAUCUAUUUUGCUAUCUCAGUCUGUCCAUACCUAUCUAUCUAUCUAUCUAUCUAUGUUCAUACCUAUCUCUGUUCUAUUCAUAUCUAUCUAUCUAUCUAUCUAUCUAUCUAUCUAUCUAUGUUCAUAACCAUCUCUGUUCUAUUCAUAUCUAUCUCUCUGUUUAUAUCAGCUUCAUUAUAUUCAUAUCUAUCUAUCUAUCUAUCUAUCUAUCUAUCUAUCUAUCUAUCUAUCUAUCUAUAUGUAAUAACGGAGGUAAUCUCUUUUCUAUUGAUAUCUAUCUAUCUAUCUAUCUAUCUAUCUAUCUAUCUAUCUAUCUCAUUCUGUUCACAUCUAUUUCGCUAUCUCAGUCUGUUCAUACCUAUCUAUCUAUUUAUCUAUCUAUCUAUCUAUCUCAGUCUGUUCAUAUCUAUCUAUCUAUAUAUCUAGCCCAGUCUGUUCACAUCUCUCACUAUCUCAGUCUGUUCAUAUUUAACUACCUAUCUAUCUAUGUUUAUAUCUAUCUAUCUACCUCAGUCUGUUCAUAUCUCUCACUAUCUCAGUCUGUUCAUAUCUAUCUAUCUAUCUAUCUAUCUAUCUAUCUAUCUAUGUUCAUAUCUAUGUCUGUUCUAUUCAUAGCUAUCAAUAUUCAUAUCUAUCAAUCUAUCUACCUCAGUCUGUUCAUAUCUAUCUAUCUAUCUAUCUCUUUUCUAUCGAUAUCUAUCUAUCUAUCUAUCUCAGUCUGUUCACAUCUAUUUCGCUAUCUCAGUCUGUCCAUAUCUAUCUAUCUAUCUAUCUAUCUAUCUAUCUAUCUAUCUAUCUCUGUUCUAUUCAUAUCUAUCUAUCUAUCUAUCUGUUUAUAUGUAUCUCAAUAUGUUUAUGUCUAUCUAUCUAAUUCUGUUACCCUCUAUCUCACUCUUUCAUAUACGCCUGUUACUAGAACGGCAUUAAUUUUACAAUCUUUUUCUUAUCUAUCUAUCUAUCUAUCUAUCUAUCUAUCUAUCUAUGCCAGUCUGUUCAUUAUCUAUCUAUCUAUCUAUCUAUCUAUCUAUCUAUCUAUCUAUCUAAGUCUGUUCAUUAUCUAUCUAUCUAUCUACCUAUCAAAUCUAUCUUACUGUUCAUAUCUAUCUAUCUAUCUAUCUAUCUAUCAUAUCUAUCCAUUUUACUGUUCAUAUCUAUCUAUCUAUCUAUCUAUCUAUCUAUCUAUCAAAUCUAUCCAUUUUACUGUUCAUAUCUAUCUAUCUAUCUAUCUAUCUAUCUAUCUAUCUAUCUAUCUAUCUAUCUAUCUAUCUAUCUAUCUCAGUCUGGUCGUAUCUAUCUAUUUCAAUCUACAAUUUAUCUCUAUCUAUCUAUCUAUCUAUCUAUCUAUCUAUCUAUCUAUCUAUCUAUCUAUGUCUAACUUAUUUGUUUUUAUCUAUCUAUCUAUCUAUCUAUCUAUCUAUCUAUCUAUCUAUCUAUCUAUCUAA